AUGUGUCAGGCCAAGCCGGGGCAUGAAGCACUCGGGGGCUCGUGCGGCCUCCUCCAGGAGGAGGGGAGUUGCAACAUGCAGUUUGUCUGCCGCUGGGUGCUUCCAACGAUUCUUCCCGGGCAUUGCGAGGGCAAAGCGUCACAACCCCAUCACAAGAUGCUAUGUGAUGGCCUGAAGUAUGACAAGUUCGUGUGUGAGUCUCAAACCUUGUUUUGCGACUGGAUUCCGGAAAAGAAGGUCUACGGCAAUGCUGGGUCCACCGUCAGUUCGGGUUCCUCAGGCCCUGGGGGUGAUGGCAUGUGCAAGGCCAAGCCCGGACACGAAGCUCAUGGGAGAACCUGCGGAUUUUUGAAGGAGCAGAACAGUUGCGACCUGCAGUUUAUCUGUCAGUGGACACUACCAAGGGUGAUUCGCGCACACUGUGAGGGCAAGAGUUCGCAACCCCAUCAUAAGAUGCUUUGUGACGGCCUGAAGUAUGACAAGUUCGUGUGCGAGUCUCAAACCUUGUUUUGCGAUUGGAUCCCAGAGCAGAAGGUUUACGACUGA